AUGACGAUGGCAACGAGCAUCUCGGCGGUGGCGCUGCUCUGCGCGGCCAUCGUGGCCUCCUUCCUCCCGCUAUCAUCCGCCGGCGUCUCCCUCGUCUCCCUGACCUGCCGGAGGACGGCCCACGAGCGCCUCUGCAUCUCCAUCCUCGCGCCCGACAAACGGAGCGACGCCGCCGAGUCGGUCCAGCAGCUCGCCGUCAUCGCGCUGACGGUUGCCAGGAACUCCACGCGGGACGCCCUGUGGCGCACGACGGUCCUGGGCGGCCGGGCUCCGACGCCGCUGGAGCGUGACCUCCUGGCGCAGUGCCGUGCCCUGUACUCGGAGUGCCUCCGCGAGACGACGAAGACGAUAGCCUUGGUGACCGCGGCGAGCUACGAUGCCGCGGCCCGCGCCUCGAGCGCCCUCCACUGGUACCCGGAGAAGUGCGAGAGCCUCCUGUACAUGCAGAGGGUGGAGUCGGCCAUGAAGCAAACAAACAAGCAGGUGGAGGAAGAGAUGAUCGCCUCAUCGGAUAUCGUUCACUUGCUGCUUGCUAGGCGCGGAGCAGACAAAUUAAACCUAGAAUAACUUAGGGGUGUUUGGUUUAGAGGGACUAAUUUUUAGUCCCUCUAUUUUAUACCAUUUUAGUACUUAAAUUAUCAAAUAUAGAAACUAAAACUUUAUUUUAGUUUCCAUAUUUAAUAAUUUAGGAACUAAAAUUGAAGGGACUAAAGUUUAGUCCCUAAAACCAAACACCCCCUUACCUACGGUGUUGCACCGUGCUCGCGUUGCUUACCACAAAUAAAUACAUAAUAUGGUUUUUUUCUAAACAGUUAUCUAUAUAACUAUUAUUUAAUGGAGAGAAAAAUUCGCUGC